UCUGGCGGUGCCGACGGUGAGGGGCGGUGGCCCAACGGCGGGAGAUUCAAACCUGGAAGAAGGAGGAACAUGGAGAGGAGAGCAGCGGGCCCAGGCCGGGCAGCCUAUGAACGCCUCACAGCUGAGGAGAUGGAUGAGCAGAGGCGGCAGAACGUUGCCUAUCAGUACCUGUGCCGGCUGGAGGAGGCCAAGCGCUGGAUGGAGGCCUGCCUGAAGGAGGAGCUUCCUUCCCCGGUGGAGCUGGAGGAGAGCCUUCGGAAUGGAGUGCUGCUGGCCAAGCUGGGCCACUGUUUUGCACCCUCCGUGGUUCCCUUGAAGAAGAUCUACGAUGUGGAGCAGCUGCGGUACCAGGCAACUGGCUUACAUUUCCGUCACACAGACAACAUCAACUUUUGGCUAUCUGCAAUAGCCCACAUCGGUCUGCCUUCGACCUUCUUCCCAGAGACCACGGACAUCUAUGACAAAAAGAACAUGCCCCGGGUAGUCUACUGCAUCCAUGCUCUCAGUCUCUUCCUCUUCCGGCUGGGAUUGGCCCCUCAGAUACAUGAUCUAUACGGGAAAGUGAAAUUCACAGCUGAGGAACUCAGCAACAUGGCGUCCGAACUGGCCAAAUAUGGCCUCCAGCUGCCUGCCUUCAGCAAGAUCGGGGGCAUCCUGGCCAAUGAGCUCUCGGUGGAUGAGGCUGCAGUCCAUGCAGCUGUUCUUGCCAUCAAUGAAGCAGUGGAGCGAGGGGUGGUGGAGGACACCCUGGCUGCCUUGCAGAAUCCCAGUGCUCUUCUGGAGAAUCUCCAAGAGCCUCUGGCAGCCGUCUACCAGGAGAUGCUGGCCCAGGCCAAGAUGGAGAAGGCAGCCAAUGCCAGGAACCAUGAUGACAGAGAAAGCCAGGACAUCUAUGACCACUACCUAACUCAGGCUGAAAUCCAGGGCAAUAUCAACCAUGUCAACGUCCAUGGGGCUCUAGAAGUUGUUGAUGAUGCCCUGGAAAGACAGAGCCCUGAAGCCUUGCUCAAGGCUCUUCAAGACCCUGCCCUGGCCCUGCGAGGGGUGAGGAGAGACUUUGCUGACUGGUACCUGGAGCAACUGAACUCAGACAGAGAGCAGAAGGCACAGGAGCUGGGCCUGGUGGAGCUUCUGGAAAAGGAGGAAGUCCAGGCUGGUGUGGCUGCAGCCAACACAAAGGGUGAUCAGGAACAAGCCAUGCUCCACGCUGUGCAGCGGAUCAACAAAGCCAUCCGGAGGGGAGUGGCGGCUGACACUGUGAAGGAGCUGAUGUGCCCUGAGGCCCAGCUGCCUCCAGUGUACCCUGUUGCAUCGUCUAUGUACCAGCUGGAGCUGGCAGUGCUCCAGCAGCAGCAGCAGGGGGAGCUUGGCCAGGAGGAGCUCUUCGUGGCUGUGGAGAUGCUCUCAGCUGUGGUCCUGAUUAACCAGGCCCUGGAGGCCCGGGAUGCCAGUGGCUUCUGGAGCAGCCUGGUGAACCCUGCCACAGGCCUGGCUGAGGUGGAAGGAGAAAAUGCCCAGCGUUACUUCGAUGCCCUGCUGAAAUUGCGACAGGAGCGUGGGAUGGGUGAGGAGUUCCUGAGCUGGAAUGACCUGCAGGCCACCGUGAGCCAGGUCAAUGCACAGACCCAGGAAGAGACUGACCGGGUCCUUGCAGUCAGCCUCAUCAAUGAGGCUCUGGACAAAGGCAGCCCUGAGAAGACUCUGUCUGCCCUACUGCUUCCUGCAGCUGGCCUAGAUGAUGUCAGCCUCCCUGUCGCCCCUCGGUACCAUCUCCUCCUUGUGGCAGCCAAAAGGCAGAAGGCCCAGGUGACAGGGGAUCCUGGAGCUGUGCUGUGGCUUGAGGAGAUCCGCCAGGGAGUGGUCAGAGCCAACCAGGACACUAAUACAGCUCAGAGAAUGGCUCUUGGUGUGGCUGCCAUCAAUCAAGCCAUCAAGGAGGGCAAGGCAGCCCAGACUGAGCGGGUGUUGAGGAACCCCGCAGUGGCCCUUCGAGGGGUAGUUCCCGACUGUGCCAACGGCUACCAGCGAGCCCUGGAAAGUGCCAUGGCAAAGAAACAGCGUCCAGCAGACACAGCUUUCUGGGUUCAACAUGACAUGAAGGAUGGCACUGCCUACUACUUCCAUCUGCAGACCUUCCAGGGGAUCUGGGAGCAACCUCCUGGCUGCCCCCUCAACACCUCUCACCUGACCCGGGAGGAGAUCCAGUCAGCUGUCACCAAGGUCACUGCUGCCUAUGACCGCCAACAGCUCUGGAAAGCCAACGUCGGCUUUGUCAUCCAGCUCCAGGCCCGCCUCCGUGGCUUCCUAGUUCGGCAGAAGUUUGCUGAGCAUUCCCACUUUCUGAGGACCUGGCUCCCAGCAGUCAUCAAGAUCCAGGCUCAUUGGCGGGGUUAUAGGCAGCGGAAGAUUUACCUGGAGUGGUUGCAGUAUUUUAAAGCAAACCUGGAUGCCAUAAUCAAGAUCCAGGCCUGGGCCCGGAUGUGGGCAGCUCGGAGGCAAUACCUGAGGCGUCUGCACUACUUCCAGAAGAAUGUUAACUCCAUUGUGAAGAUCCAGGCAUUUUUCCGAGCCAGGAAAGCCCAGGAUGACUACAGGAUAUUAGUGCAUGCACCCCACCCUCCUCUCAGUGUGGUACGCAGAUUUGCCCAUCUCUUGAAUCAAAGCCAGCAAGACUUCUUGGCUGAGGCAGAGCUGCUGAGGCUCCAGGAAGAGGUAGUUAGGAAGAUCCGAUCCAAUCAGCAGCUGGAGCAGGACCUCAACAUCAUGGACAUCAAGAUUGGCCUGCUGGUGAAGAACAGGAUCACUCUGCAGGAAGUGGUCUCCCACUGCAAGAAGCUGACCAAGAGGAAUAAGGAACAGCUGUCAGAUAUGAUGGUUCUGGACAAGCAGAAGGGAUUAAAGUCGCUGAGCAAAGAGAAACGGCAGAAACUAGAAGCAUACCAACACCUCUUCUACCUGCUCCAGACUCAGCCCAUCUACCUGGCCAAGCUGAUCUUUCAGAUGCCACAGAACAAAACCACCAAGUUCAUGGAGGCAGUGAUUUUCAGCCUGUACAACUAUGCCUCCAGCCGCCGAGAGGCCUAUCUCCUGCUCCAGCUGUUCAAGACAGCACUCCAGGAGGAAAUCAAGUCAAAGGUGGAGCAGCCCCAGGACGUGGUGACAGGCAACCCAACAGUGGUGAGGCUGGUGGUGAGAUUCUACCGUAAUGGGCGGGGACAGAGUGCCCUGCAGGAGAUUCUGGGCAAGGUUAUCCAGGAUGUGCUAGAAGACAAAGUGCUCAGCGUCCACACAGACCCUGUCCACCUCUAUAAGAAUUGGAUCAACCAGACUGAGGCCCAGACAGGGCAGCGCAGCCAUCUCCCAUAUGAUGUCACCCCGGAGCAGGCCUUGAGCCACCCCGAGGUCCAGAGACGACUGGACAUCGCCCUACGCAACCUCCUCGCCAUGACUGAUAAGUUCCUUUUAGCCAUCACCUCAUCUGUGGACCAAAUUCCGUAUGGGAUGCGAUAUGUGGCCAAAGUCCUGAAGGCAACUCUGGCAGAGAAAUUCCCUGACGCCACAGACAGCGAGGUCUAUAAGGUGGUCGGGAACCUCCUGUACUACCGCUUCCUGAACCCAGCUGUGGUGGCUCCUGACGCCUUCGACAUUGUGGCCAUGGCAGCUGGUGGAGCCCUGGCUGCCCCCCAGCGCCAUGCCCUGGGGGCUGUGGCUCAGCUCCUACAGCACGCUGCGGCUGGCAAGGCCUUCUCUGGGCAGAGCCAGCACCUACGGGUCCUGAAUGACUAUCUGGAGGAAACACACCUCAAGUUCAGGAAGUUCAUCCAUAGAGCCUGCCAGGUGCCAGAGCCAGAGGAGCGUUUUGCAGUGGACGAGUACUCAGACAUGGUGGCUGUGGCCAAACCCGUGGUGUACAUCACCGUGGGGGAGCUGGUCAACACGCACAGGCUGUUGCUGGAGCACCAGGACUGCAUUGCCCCUGAUCACCAAGACCCCCUGCAUGAGCUCCUGGAGGAUCUUGGGGAGCUGCCCACCAUCCCUGACCUUAUUGGUGAGAGCAUCGCUGCAGAUGGGCACACGGACCUGAGCAAGCUAGAAGUGUCCCUGACGCUGACCAACAAGUUUGAAGGACUAGAGGCAGAUGCUGAUGACUCCAACACCCGUAGCCUGCUUCUGAGCACCAAGCAGCUGUUGGCCGAUAUCAUACAGUUCCAUCCUGGGGACACCCUCAAGGAGAUCCUGUCCCUCUCGGCUUCCAGAGAGCAAGAAGCAGCCCACAAGCAGCUGAUGAGCCGACGCCAGGCCUGUACAGCCCAGACACCGGAGCCACUGCGACGACACCGCUCACUGACAGCUCACUCCCUCCUGCCACUGGCAGAGAAGCAGCGGCGCGUCCUGCGGAACCUGCGCCGACUUGAAGCCCUGGGGUUGGUCAGCACCAGAAAUGGCUACCAGGGGCUAGUGGACGAGCUGGCCAAGGACAUCCGCAACCAGCACAGACACAGGCACAGGCGGAAGGCAGAGCUGGUGAAGCUGCAGGCCACAUUACAGGGCCUGAGCACUAAGACCACCUUCUAUGAGGAGCAGGGUGACUACUACAGCCAGUACAUCCGGGCCUGCCUGGACCACCUGGCCCCCGACUCCAAGAGUUCUGGGAAGGGGAAGAAGCAGCCUUCUCUUCAUUACACUGCUGCUCAGCUCCUGGAAAAGGGUGUCUUGGUGGAAAUUGAAGACCUUCCCGCCUCUCACUUCAGAAACGUCAUCUUUGACAUCACGCCGGGAGAUGAGGCAGGAAAGUUUGAAGUAAAUGCCAAGUUCCUGGGUGUGGACAUGGAGCGAUUUCAGCUUCACUAUCAGGAUCUCCUGCAGCUCCAGUAUGAGGGUGUGGCUGUCAUGAAACUCUUCAACAAGGCCAAAGUCAAUGUCAACCUUCUCAUCUUCCUCCUCAACAAGAAGUUUUUGCGGAAGUGACAGAGGCAAAGGGUGCUACCCAAGCCCCUCUUACCUCUCUGGAUGCUUUCUUUAACACUAACUCACCACUGUGCUUCCCUGCAGACACCCAGAGCUCAGGACUGGGCAAGGCCCAGGGAUUCUCACCCCUUCCCCAGCUGGGAGGAGCUUGCCUGCCUGGCCACAGACAGUGUAUCUUCUAAUUGGCUAAAGUGGGCCUUGCCCAGAGUCCAGCCGUGUGGCUUUUAUCAUGCAUGACAAACCCCUGGCUUUCCUGCCAGAUGGUAGGACAUGGACCUUGACCUGGGAAAGCCAUUACUCUUGUGUCUGCUACUGCCCUCCCACAGUCACCCCAAUAUUACAAGCACUGCCCCAGCGGCUUGAUUUCCCCUCUGCCUUCCUUCUCUCUGCACUCCCACAAAGCCAGGGCCAGGCUCCCCAUCCCUACCUCCCACUGCAUCAGCAGUGGGUGUUCCUGCCCUGCCUGAGUCUAGGCAGCUCUGCUGCUGUGAUCUGCACACCCUCCAACCUGGGCAGGGACUGGGGGGAUGCAGUGUGUGUUAGUGCCCAUGUGGCAUUGUGGCACUGUUGCCCCCCAUGGCGGCAUGGGCAAGAUGACCUUCCAUUAGCUUCAAGUCUUGUUCUCUUGUCUGUGGUCUGUUUAAUAUGUGGGUCACUAGGGUAUCUAUUCUUUCUCCCAUCCUUACACUCUGGAUCAUUGUGCAGACUUAAUCAGGGUUUUAACGCUUUCAUUUUUUUUUUUUUUUUGAGCUCAAAGAGAGUUCUCAUUUUCCCUAUUCAAACUAAUACCCAUGCCGUGUUUUUUACCUUGGAUUUAAAGUCACCUUAGGUUGGGGCAACAGAUUUCUCACUCAUGUUUAAGAUCUUGUUAUUUCAGCUUCAUAAGAUCAAAGAGGAGUCUUUCCCUUUUCUUUUACCCUCAGGAUUCUCAUCCCUUACAGCUGACUCUUCCAGGCAAUUUCCAUAGAUCUGCAGUCCUGCCUCUGCCACAGUCUCUCUGUUGUCCCCACAUCUACCCAAUUUCCUGUACUGUUGCCCUUCUGAUGUUAAUAAAAGCAGCUGUUACUCCCA